UAUAAAGGAAAGAGAAUGUUAGGUUAUUGGUGGAAAACCUCUUCAGUGUUUCCAUGUGUCCUUCUACUCAACUGCGUUUUAGAGGCAAAUUCAGAUGUAUUGAAGGGGACUUCAGGUGAGAGAAGACAGCAUCAAGAUCCUGGAAGUCUGCCUCAUGGCAGCACUAAAUCGCUUGAAACUGGAAGCGCUGUGCAGAUAACUGAUCGGAAUACCAGACAUAAACGAUCCUUUUCAUUUCCAAGUGAUAUUAAACUGUGCCCAGAGGAAACUGUGUCACAGGCCAUUGGCAGCUACUUCAAGUAUUACAAGUUGAGAGUGUGUCAAGAAGCAAUAUGGGAAGCAUUCAAAACCUUCUGGGACAGGUUACCUGAGCGACAUGAACAUCAAUCUUGGAUAGACGCUUGCAAUCAAGGCAUCAUCAAUAUUUUUGACAUCGGCAUGAACUUCAGCCAAUCAGAAGAACACCAAAACUUGAUUAAGGAGAAAGUAUCUCUACAGAUGGAAAAUGUGAGUAGUUCCGUCCUUGAAGAUGUUUGCCCUCUAACCACAAAUGCAAUACCAACAGAAGUAAACCCCACACUAGAUGGUGCUGAUGGAAUUUUUGUCGAUGGUAUUACUGUCUCAGCAGAAGAAAAUGAGAACACUACCCCUGGAGAAACUGAACAAAUUACAGAUCUGCCAUCAAGUCAAGUUGUGGAAUUCUUCGUCCAGGUUCUAGGGGAGUAUUACACUGAGGAGCUCUCUGAUCCAGCUACUAGGGAAUAUCAGAGGUUGGCUGAUUAUGUCCACGCCAAGAUUGAAAAUGUCUUUGAAAAAUUCCCAGGAUAUCAAGCAACUAAUUUCUUGGAGUUCAGGAAAAGCCAGAAUCCAGACAGUAACAGUAGUAAUGUGACAGUUCACUGCACGGUUACAUUUGAUGUGGACACUGGAGUUUUACAGAGAGAAACACUUAACUUCAUCGACCUAAAUUCCAAAAACAUGGAAAAUAACCUUCCCCUGGAAACUGAGGAUCAACUUACAGCUGCAUACACAAUUACUGACUUUCAGAAUUACAUAGCUGAGGCCUUGCAUAAGGAAAAUCUAAUCGGAAAUGGAUCGCUGACUUUUAAUCCAGAUUCUCUUCAGUUUAUGAAUGAGCAUUCAAUCAGCCAUGCAUUAAGCAAUAUUAAAGUUUACCUGGAAGACCAAUCAACAGAUCUUUCAAAAGGAAAGGAUGAAGAAAGAAAUUUCCUGGAGGAAGAUGGUAUUUCAAUACAAUCACAUUCAACAUCUAUUGAUCUUCUAUCCGAAGAAAGAGAGUUCAAUGCAGAAACUACCCCUGUUACUUCAACGGAGCAAACGACACCUUUGGAGCAGCACGAUGUUUUUGAACACAUGGUCCCACUGCCAACCAGCAGAAUGUUCACAAUAUCCACAGCAUCUGGAAUCGGUGGGAGCACAAUGAUUAACGUUGGUGAAAAGAUAAAAGAGACCUCUGAUUCCCGUACAUCACAGAUCAUCGCAUCAAACACACCUGGUGGUACAGUUACUCGGCCCAUUUUUGGUGAAGAGACUGAUUUUGGCUCUGAAUCGGGGUCUGGGAUUGAACAAGAUUAUUUGUGGUCCUGGUCUACAGCAGUUUCUCAAUCAGUUUCUUACAGGCCACACAGUGGGCCACAGGACAGCAAUUCUAGUCAAUUCACCAAUGUGAAGGAUCAUGAGGGAUUGCCUGUUGAUGAUUAUACUGAUCAAUCAAGCGUUAAUAUCGAGGACUUGACUAGUGAUCCAACUGCAGCAGACACUGCCGCAGCCCUUUCAAAUGAAGUAGAUGCAGUCUCGUCAAUGGAAGCAGCUUCAGGUUUUGGCACUGAAAUUGUAUCUCAUAGGGCUGAAGGGAUGAUUAAAGGAGCCUCUGUUGAACGGACACUAGAUUACUUCCCAGAAUCAACAAUGCAAACAUCACAACCAACAGAAGCCUUUAAGUACUAUUCAGUUGACUCAACCGCAAGAGCCCAACCCUUCACAGAGCAUCCAACAGCAUCUGAGUCAGCUGAAAGUAGCUUUGCUUCAGCGCUGCCAGUUACUGAGUUAUCCGCCCAAGGUCAAUUUAUAACGGAAACAUUUAUCACACAGCGUAUAGCAACACAGACAUCUACCAGUGGAAACCGAGCUUCUGAUCCUUUCAUUAUAGAACAGCUUACUGUUGGAUCACAUGCCAAGGGCCACUUACUUACUGAACUGGCCACCACACAGCGAGAAAUAUUGCAGUCAGCCACCACAGGACAUGCAGCGGUAAAACUUUUGUCUUCAGAAGAUGAGGCACUAGAGUCAUCUGCCACAGGUCCCAUCAAGAAACUGUUCACACCGUCUUCCGAAAUGGAGCAGCUGAUCACUAAGUCAUCCAGAAGCGGUGAUUUCUCUACUUUAACGUGGGAACCCCUGGAACUGGUCACUGAUCCUUCCUUCACAGCACGACCAGCAUCGGAUUCUUCAGAUGUGAUCCAACCACACGCCGAAUUAUCUAAUGAUGUGCAACCUUUCACUAAAAUACUAGCUCCAGUAGACAUGGUAGAGUCCAAUAUUAUUGAUACUGAAUUGAGCAACUCCAUCCAACAGAAUAUUGUUAACUCCAUACUUACUGAGCCUAGUACUCAAUCAACUACUGUAAUGCCCAUUUCUGAGUACGUUACCAAUGCUUUUCAAUUGUUCAGCGAACAUAACAACGUUGUUAAUUCUGCUAAUGAAUACAUCGUGGCAUCAAACCUCAGAGCAACAUCUGCAGCUGUACGGCCCUCCAUUAAGCUAUCUGCCAGGCAGGAUAUGAUGGGAGAGUAUAAUACCUUUGGGCCCCAUGAUCCUACCUUUAUAGAGCACAAUGAGGUGAAAUCCUCUCAAAGUGCAUCUCAGGACAAUGAAGAGUGGUCUAAGGUUCAAGACAUCUCAGUUGAACUGGAUCAGUCAGACAUAGUCUAUCCUCAUGAAGAAUCCAUCAAUGAAGAAAUUAUAAGUGGCUACAGAGACUACAGUGCCACUGCGCCAACAAAUCAACCUGUAUCAAGUGAUAGUCGUACAUCCUCACAGUCACUGAUAGUCUUCUUUAGCCUACGUGUUACAAAUAUGAUUUUUUCAGAUGACCUCUUCAACAAAAGUUCACAUGAGUACAAAGCUUUAGAGCAGCGAUUCCUGGAACUCCUUGUUCCUUACUUGCAGUCUAACUUGACUGACUUCAAGCACCUUGAAAUCCUGAACUUCAGAAAUGGAAGCAUCAUUGUGAACAGCCGCGUGAAGUUUGCAAAGCCUGUACCACAAGAUGUCACCAAUGCUGUUUAUCUAAUCCUGGAUGACUUCUGCAACACAGCAUACCAAACUAUGAACCUGGCCAUAGACAGAUUUUCUCUGGAUGUUGAAUCAGGUGAUGAUGCAAACCCAUGCAAGUUUCAAGCCUGCAAUGAAUAUUCUGAAUGCCUGGUGAACAAGCAAACAGGCGAAGCUGAAUGCGUUUGCAAUACUGGGUAUCUGAGUGUGGAUGGCCUGCCCUGUCAAAGCAUUUGUGAUAUAGACACGGACUUCUGUCUCAAUGAUGGCAAGUGUGAUACCAUUCCAGGCCAAGGAGCAAUCUGCAGGUGUCGUGUGGGUGAGAACUGGUGGUAUAGAGGAGAGCACUGUGAAGAGUAUGUCUCUGAGACUCUCGUUGUGGGCAUUGCCAUCACUUCAGCGGCUGGCUUCCUUUUGGUAGCUUUUGCUGUGAUUUUCUUUGUAGCCAGAACUCUUCGUGCUCAAUAUGCCAAAAGUGGAACUGAGGACUCUGGAGAAGUUAAUGAUAGCAUGGCAUCAAUGGAAAAUGGGACAAAGUAUAAUCCUAUGUACGAGAGUGAUGCCACGACUGGUUAUAGUCAUUACAAGAAACGCUACCCACCUUCAUCCAGGUACAGUUCAAGCAGUGGAGAGGCAUCCGCCAACUUCAGUAGCGAUGAGAUCAGACACGUCUACGAGUGCACCGAACUUAGCAAAGAGGAAAUUCAAGACAGACUUCGGAUCAUAGAUCUGUACACUAAGGACAAGCAAUUUGCCGAGUUUGUGCGACAACAUCAGGCAGCCAUGGAUAAUAAGCAAAGAAAUCCUAUGAGCUAGUCAGAAGGCGAAAAAAAAAUGGAUUUUUCAAUCUUCUAUUGAUCGCUCCUCCUAUCAGUAAUGGAAGAGACAAGGAAGGAGUCAUGUUCAGUUGCUCAUAUAAUCAUUGUUACUGCAGUAACAGAAACCACUUUUGUAAAUUUAAAUAUUAUGUUGGUG